AGGGAGGGCAGUGGGCGGGGAGCGCCUCUGAGGGAGAAGGAGAGCGAGCGAGAGGGAAGCGUCGCCGUUGUCGUCGUCGAGUGGGGCGUGGCGGCGGUUGUGGUCCAACGACGACGCCGAGGGCCGAGUGAGGAAGAUGGCGGCCUCGGCUGCCUCUGCUGCUGCUGCUCCUACGGCGCCCGUCCCUGUCAGCCUCCGCCUGGGAGACCUGGUCUGGGGGAAGUUGGGCCGAUAUCCUCCUUGGCCAGGAAAGAUUGUUAAUCCGCCUAAGGACCUAAAGAAGCCUCGUGGGAAGAAGUGCUUCUUUGUGAAGUUUUUUGGGACUGAAGACCAUGCUUGGAUUAAAGUGGAGCAGUUGAAGCCUUAUCAUGCCCACAAAGAAGAAAUGAUCAAAAUCAACAAAGGCAAGAGGUUCCAGCAAGCUGUAGAUGCUGUGGAAGAAUUUCUCAAGAAGGGCAAAGGCAAGGACCAGGCAUCUUCUCAUAACUCGACUGAAGAGAAGAACCGGCGGAAUUCCAGUGAAGAGAGGGGCAAGCAGUCAGUGGGAGAGGAGAAACACAAAGCUGGGUUGUCUGGAGGGAAGGUGAAAAAGAGAGUGUCCUCAGUUUCCUCUGAGCGAGGAGCAAAAUCCCCAUUGAAGAGAACAUAUGAGCAGAGCCCCCGGAAGCGAGGGCGCCCCCCCAAAGACGAGAAGGACCUGACAAUCCCUGAAUCAAGCACAGUGAAGAGAAUGAUGACUGGCACCGUCGCUGGCUUUAAAUGGCCACCAAGUGUAAGCGAGCCUGUGAAAGAUGGUGACCCGCAUUUCCAUCACUUCCUGCUUAGCCAGACAGAGAAGCCAGCUGUUUGCUACCAGGCCAUCACAAAGAAGCUGAAGGUGUGUGAAGAGGAAACCGGGUCCACAUCCAUUCAGGCAGCAGACAGCACAGCUAUAAAUGGCAGCAUCACUCCUACAGACAAGAAGAUAGGGUUCCUUGGUCUUGGCCUGAUGGGAAGUGGCAUCGUGUCCAACUUACUAAAAAUGGGUCAUACUGUUACAGUCUGGAACCGGACUGCUGAAAAGUGUGAUUUGUUCAUCCAGGAGGGGGCAAGGUUAGGAAGAACCCCCGCUGAAGUCGUCUCGACCUGUGACAUCACUUUCGCCUGCGUAUCUGACCCAAAGGCAGCCAAGGAUCUGGUGCUUGGUCCUAGUGGGGUGCUCCAGGGUAUACGUCCAGGGAAGUGCUACGUGGACAUGUCAACUGUUGAUGCAGACACCGUUACAGAACUGGCCCAGGUGAUUGUAUCCAGAGGUGGUCGCUUUCUGGAGGCACCAGUUUCAGGGAACCAACAGUUGUCUAAUGAUGGGAUGUUGGUGAUACUAGCGGCUGGAGACAGAGGUUUAUACGAAGACUGCAGUAGUUGUUUCCAAGCAAUGGGAAAGACCUCUUUUUUUCUAGGGGAAGUGGGCAAUGCUGCCAAGAUGAUGCUCAUCGUCAACAUGGUCCAAGGAAGCUUCAUGGCCACAAUAGCAGAAGGACUGACUCUGGCUCAAGUGACUGGUCAGUCACAGCAGACCCUUCUGGAUAUCCUCAAUCAGGGGCAGCUUGCCAGCAUCUUCCUGGACCAGAAGUGCCAAAAUAUCUUGCAAGGAAAUUUUAAACCAGACUUCUACCUGAAAUACAUCCAGAAAGAUCUCAGAUUAGCCAUUGCACUAGGUGAUUCUGUUAACCAUCCAACUCCCAUGGCAGCUGCAGCCAAUGAGGUCUACAAACGGGCAAAAGCAUUGGACCAAUCUGACAAUGAUAUGUCUGCUGUGUACAGGGCCUACAUCCACUAGGCAUCCCAUUCUUAUUGUUAAUACUAUGAUUAUUGAUGAUGAUGAAUACUGGGUUUUAACUCUGGACCAGUCCAUCUCUGUCUGUCUGUCUUUCUCUUCCACCCCCCACCCCUACCACUCCUUUUCUUUUUUUAAUACAAAAACUCUGAGAUCUGCCGCCUGGGCAGUUGUUUCAGCCAAGAGGGCAGUCGCUGCAGCAAACCUUCCUGUGCCAGCAAUAGAAAAGGUUGGACCCUUAACCAUCUUGACAACAAGUCUGUGUCACCCGUUGAGAGUCAUGGAAAGAAAUUGGUGGCAGGCGACUCUUGCCAGAAAAACUGCUGCUUGGCCUUAUACUGGUUCUUGUUUAUAUGAGUGUCCCCAAAGUUUUCUUUUAAUUGUUUUCUAACUGCUGUUUCACUUUUUUUGCGGUGGGUAAUGUAUACGUUGGCCUCUCUUGUGCAUUAGGGACAGUUGAAAGAUUAGAGGAUGUCCUACCUACCUGUAAACUUUUAUGGCUAUAGACUUGGAUUGGGAUCGUAACCUGGCUCCUGAGGGCUUUUCCUGAGAGGAAACGGUGAUGGCAUUAAUAUCAGUACAGGGUUGAUGGGUGUGUUCUUCACUUCAUCAACUCAUUGCUACUGUGUUUUAGAAUAAAAACUGACUCCAUCCACCCAUCCAUGCCAUUGCCCAUAGAAAGAACAAAGUAGCAUGUAUAUUUUUAAGGUGUAUGGUGUUUUCCUUGGGUUUUACAUCAAGCUGGCAUGCCCACCAGAUACACACCUGUUGUUCUGUGCUUGUCAGGGUUUGCAGACUUGGGUUCUUCCAGUGUUGCUUAGAUUAGCUAUAGGGGAAGAAAUAGAAAAUGAAAGAGCUUAGCUUUCAGAAGCCUCAAACUAAAACCUCAGAAUGUUUUGGUCACGUAAAGUGGAGGAGAAGUACCUAUUUCACAGCAUUGAGGGUAGCAUUCACCAGCAAACUCUUUCUGUGAGUGUUUGAAUGGCGAAUUUGUCAAUUUCCCCAAAAGCAGAUAAAUAAGAGAUACCUGUGUUUCAUACUGCAUAAAGUAUGAGAAAUGGCUCCAACUGGUGAUACCUUUACAAUACUCAUCCCAUAGUAAUUGAAGCAAAAUCCUCAAGAGUUCCUUUUGAACAACUUUGUGAUUGCUCCAUAAAAGCAAGCUUUUUGAACCCAAUAGAUCUUGAUAACAUACUUGGCUAACAAAACAACCGGUGGCACACUGAGCAAUGUCACCUUUCCCCCGUUGGCCCUUUAAUUUUUAAAAUGGAUUGUGAAGGUAUGAAGAGGUAGUGGGGUACAAACAGCAAAGAAGGUGCAUACCUGCAACAUUACAAAGAUUUUUGAAAUCCUGAUGCUUCUGCUUUUAGAGCUCAAAUCAGUAUUACUCUUUGAGAGACUCCUGUAUUCACCCCAAGAAAGUCUGUGUGAUGUGCGAUUGGGAAGAUGAGACACCCUCCCAGUUUGUGAGUUGGAUUUCACACUUGAGGAGGCGGCUACAUACAUAGAACUGGCCUGUACAAUCUUGAUUUUGUGGCACACACAUUUCUUAGAUCAGAUCUACAAACGUUGGGCUCUGUGUGUUUAGGCCCUGGUGGGAAAUUUAACCUUCAGCAGACGAGAUGAGCAAUGAGGGUGCGCUGGGCGUAUUCAGAAUACAAGCAGAAGACUUGGUGUUUGUUUUGUGUUUGAAACUCCAGGAAUGGGAUAAUCCAUUUUGUGUCCUAGUUCUGUUAGGAACACAUGUUUUUCAGGUGUUUUGCUUUCUGGGAUAUGGAUAAUCCUCAUGGAAAAGAAACAAACCAGUUUAGCCUAGGUACCUUAGGAUAACACUGCUUUGUCUGGUCCAACCAGAUAACACCCAGAUGCUUAGGACUACAAAACUUAUUAUUCCCACCUAGUGAAGUGAAGGGAGUUGUAGCCAGUGACAGCUUGUAGAAGGCUGCUCUUACUGCCUCAAAUAGCCAUUAUAGUUGUUGUUUUCUACAUUCAGAUUCAUCGUUAUUGAAAACCAACAGUUGUAAUUGUAUUGACCUGUACUUCCAGUUGGAUCUUGCAAGGACUGCUAGGGUGUCUCAGGUACAGCAAGUGUGUCUGGGGGCAUUAGAGGUAACUUCAGCCCUUUGUCCAGGCGUUUAAUAUUUGCUAAGGCUCGAAACAUGUCCGGAGUUUGCUAAAGGAACAAUUUCUUAAUUUAUGAAAACUGCACCGAGAUAACUAUUUGCCUUCAAGCAAAAAACCCGAAACUGGGCUGGGAAUGGAGGUAAUAAGAGAACAGUAACGUCUUCCAAUAAAGGCCUAUAUUGUGGAUUGUUUGGCAACGGGGGAAAAGAUCUGCUAAAGAGUGUGUUCCUUGCUGUAGGGCUGCAGUUAUCGAAACAUCAAGGAAGAGUAAGGGCAUGCUGAGAUAGAAACCAAGGCUGUGGCAAGUACUGGACUAUCUCAGAUGCCGUUUUGAGAUAGCCUUGUUUUCCUUGUUGGUAGCGAAACAGUAAGAGUGUGUAGUGCCUUAAAAUUUUAUUAUGGCAUAAGCUCUCGUGGUUCAGAAUAGGGCUCUGCCCUCAUAGGUUUUAUACCACAAUAUAUCUUAGUUUUUAAGGAUGCCCAGGAUUCCUCAUUCAACACUAUGGAGUCUCUUUCUCUCAGCUCCAGGAGCCACUUUCCCUUCAAAAUCUUUGUACAGAUCUCUUCAAAUCCCAGUCGGCGUUGGUGCAGGAGGGGAAGCAUGGAUUGCAGGAGAAUAUAAUGGAACUGGCUUUAGUCUUUGUUGUCUUAAUAUUGUUGAGAAGACUGUAAAGUUCCUUUUUAACGGGGAUUUCUGUUUUAGCGAUUGCUUUUUUUUUUGUUCCCUCCUUUUUAAAGAGAAUAAAAAAACAUGUGACACUUGUGGAAAGCUUGUAAGAAAAAAAAAAAACAGUUUUCUUUCAAACCCUUCUCCUUCGAUGACCGAUCUAUAGGUAAUUAAGGUUGUGAAUUUUUAUUUUGCCUUGUUUUUAAUUAACGUUUGUCAUUCAGAAUAGGACGUGUGGUGAUGAUUAAAUGGCAAAAACAGAAGAAAUGAUUCUUUUUUUUCCUUGUGCAAUUAACAAAGCUACUGGCAAAAGAAAUAAAACCUUUCUUGGUAACACAA